AUGUCCCUGGCAAACCCCCACACUGAAGACAACACCACCGUCGCCAUCGACUAUCAAGAGGCCGUAUAUCCACAGCUCGCUACCAGAGAAGAAAGCGCACUUGACUGGGCCUACACGGUAGCUUUUUUUUUAUACCAUGUAGGAAGUUGUCUUCUUUCGAUUGGCCUGAUAUGGGGAGCCAAUUCUGUAAACCGUGACCUCCUAAAGAAAGUUGUGCUUGGGACCAAAAUACGGCUCGUCGCUUUGAUCUUUUACGCGGCGUUUAAAAUUUACAUUCUAGCAACACCAGAUCUCCAUGACCCGUAUGGAAUAGGCACAGCUAAGUCAAUUGAGCACCGGUCGAUGGGAAAGGACUUGUGGAACAUGGGCAAGUAUGCGAACCUGGACCCAAGAACUAUGGUGCUGCAGAGCAUCGUAUACCUACCGGGCUCUCAUGUAUUGUCGUUGGCUCAGAAAAAUCCGUACAAGAAGCCCGGCAAGAAAGAAAAGAUUGAUGAAGAGACUGAACACAGCCGGAAGGUCCAAUUCCUGGUAUCUGCUGCAGCGGAAGAGAUGAUGUGGUUUUUCCUUGAGGUGUUCAUCGUCUACAGAUUGGACCUAUUCGUCAGGAACUUACCCGAGUAACCGCACAAAGGCUUUACCAGGGCGCGGCUCGCUCACAGCGCGGCACGAUCUCCAACUCGCCCGCAAAAGCCUGGAUUUUGCAUCUCAAUAACAAAUUCAAGGGCGCACAACAUCCUUAU